AUGUCCACGUGGUUUGGGUUCGGUGCUAUGGUUUUGGACACUGCAAUGAGCGCUACAAGAGCCUCGACCUCACCGGCGAGAUGUGGAGAUGCUGAACAAAAAGAGGCUGACUGCCUCUUUCUCUUACAGAAAUGUGUGGCUUGCGAUCAUACUAGUCUCAAGACUAAACCGCACAAACUAGGUUCCAUAGGUAAGAGACGGGCCAUCACCGAUUUUGUUAAGGUGUCCAACCGAUGACGAUUUGCUGUCAUCAGGUUAUCCUCCACACCGCUUGGACAGUGUGACAGCUUAUCGCCUAGUAUAAACCAGGUUGGCUUUCAUAAGGGUAACUCAACCGAGAUUGCUAUAAACAGGGUCCUGAAGCCUUUCUCAACAACGGGAGUUCAGUGCUCAUGUGGCUCUUGACAUAAAUAACACCUUCAAUUCGGUGCCUUGGGAUCAAGUAGAUGGCUCCCUGGGCAACAAAGGGAUUCUUUCCUACUUGGUUAACAUACUGCGCUCUUACAUAAAGGACCGCACUUUGACCAUUCGUCUCCAGGACAGAUUCAGCUCGGUUUAGAAAUGUCCUUUAGAAUGUCUUCUAUGACGAUCUCCUGAUUAAAAUUUUUUUUUAAUUACCUAUAUUUAUUUACUUUAUUUAUUUAUAAGUAUUUAAGUAUUAACCAUUUUAAUAAUUUUGUUUUUACUUUAUAAUUGUAUUAUUUUUUAUAGCAAGUCAAAUCAAUGGUCUAACUCAGUUAAUGAAAAGGAUUGAAUAUUUAAACAUGAAAUUAAUGUAUACUAAUAUGAAUAUUUACUUCAAUAAAACUUGUAAGAAAUCAAAGCCAAGAAAGGAGCAGAUGCAAUAUGGUUGA